AUGCAUACAAUAUUUGGUGGUAAGAAAAGUUUUACCUUCAAUAUUAAUAGUCGCAAUAAAAUAAAAAAUAGUUAUGGAAGAGCCAUAAAUGUAGAUGAUGACAAUAAUAAGAAUAAUUAUAGUAAUAAUAAAGAUGUAUUUGGAUUAAAUUUUUCAAAUAAAAAUACCAGAAAUUUCACAACUAAAGCACCAUUUCCCAAUUUUCUUGCAAAUAAAAGUUUCUUUCAAAAUAGUUUUAAGCCAGCAAAAGAUGUUAUUAAUAAUAAUAAUAAAAAUAUUAAAAAUGAUGAUGAUAGUAAUAAUAAUAAUAAUAAUAUUGAUAAUGAUGAUAAUAAUGAUGUUAAUGAUUCCAUAAAUUGUGAACAAGUUUGUGAAAAAAGAAAUAUUUUUAAUUCUAGUAAUAAUAUAGAGGAAGAAUAUUGGGAAGAUAGUAUAUCAGGUAGUACAAAUGAUGAUAGUCAAGAUAGUAUAAAUUUAGGAAAUUCAGGUAAUACACCAGAAAUAACAUUUUCAAAACAAUUUAAAGUUGAAAAAGACAAUGAAGGUUUUGGUGUGUUAAUGUUAUUAUCAAUUGCAUUUGGUAAUGGUUUAAUUGAUAAAGCCACUUUUAAAAAUUAUUUAAUAGAAUUAAUUGGUGAAAAUGGCUCAAAUGAUUUAAUUAAUCGUUUAGAAAAUAAUAUCUCUGUACCAUCGAUACCUUUUGAUUUUAAUUUACAAUGUUUAAUCAUAAAUGCUAAUAAAAUAAUUAGUUUAAAAAAAUCAAAAAAAUUACAAUCUCAAUUACAAUCACAAUUACAAUCGCAAUCACAAUCACAAUUACAAUCACAAUUACAAUCACAAUUACAAUCAUAA